AUGUCUACAGUCGAGCAUCAAGAAGCCGACAUUGAUUCCAUAGUCGAUAGAUUAUUGGAAGUUAGAGGUUCAAGACCUGGUAAACAAGUCACCCUCUUAGAACAUGAAAUCAGAUAUUUAUGUACAAGAGCAAGAGAAAUCUUUAUCCGACAACCAAUUUUAUUGGAAUUGGAAGCUCCAAUCAAAAUUUGUGGAGAUAUUCAUGGUCAAUAUUAUGAUUUAUUAAGAUUAUUCGAAUAUGGUGGAUUUCCUCCAGAAGCAAAUUAUUUGUUUUUAGGAGAUUAUGUCGAUAGAGGUAAACAAUCAUUAGAAACAAUUUGCCUUUUGUUGGCCUAUAAAAUUAAAUAUCCUGAAAAUUUCUUUAUUCUUAGAGGUAAUCAUGAAUGUGCUUCUAUUAAUAGAAUUUAUGGAUUUUAUGAUGAAUGUAAAAGAAGAUAUAAUAUUAAAUUAUGGAAAACUUUCACAGAUUGUUUUAACUGUUUACCAAUUGCAGCUAUAAUUGAUGAAAAAAUAUUCACAAUGCAUGGUGGGCUUUCUCCAGAUUUAAAUUCAAUGGAACAAAUUAGAAGAGUUAUGAGACCUACUGAUAUUCCAGAUGUUGGAUUAUUAUGUGAUUUAUUAUGGUCUGAUCCUGAUAAAGAUAUUAGUGGAUGGUCAGAAAAUGAUAGAGGGGUAUCCUUUACUUUCGGUCCUGAUGUGGUUUCAAGAUUUUUACAAAAGCAUGAUAUGGAUUUAAUUUGUCGUGCUCAUCAAGUCGUUGAAGAUGGUUAUGAAUUCUUUUCAAAGAGACAAUUAGUUACCUUAUUCUCUGCUCCAAAUUAUUGUGGUGAAUUCGAUAAUGCCGGAGCAAUGAUGAGUGUUGAUGAAUCCUUAUUAUGUUCUUUCCAAAUUUUAAAACCUGCUGAAAAGAAACCAAGGUAUCCACCUCCAAAUGCUGCAAUGAAUAGAACUGGAGCCACUCCAAGAAAGCCUAAAAAGGGUACUAAAUAG